UCCACUCGCGCGGCCUGUAGCCUCUGGUCGAACGCUCCGCUUUGUCUCCCUCGGAGCGGAACAGGAACGACGUUGAACGCCGAAGGCCGGGCCAUGCCUAUGUGUGCUCAUUCUCCGGCUUGGCUGGGCUGGCGCUGCCGUCGUGCGGCAGUGUUUGGGGCCGUGCGCGUGCCAGAGACGGAUGGAGGAAUAUAGAAUGCGUUCGGGCCAUGAGGAUUGAGGGUUCUAUUCUGGAACAGCGGGGCGCCUUCUUCCUUGCUGUCGGGCGGCACGCUGCCAAAGCGUACGCGCGGCCACCGAGGCUGUUGGUGGACGACGUUUGCCGCUGCUUUGUACCACGAGUAGUAGUAGAGUACAGUAGCGCUGGUUGCCUUGUUUGUUUAGGCGCAGCCUAGCGUCAGGUUUACGGUAGUGCCACUCACGGGACCAUCACCAGCAACCUGAGAACCCCUUGCUAAUCCAACGUCCGUACAGGAAUUUCGUUCCACAAGUAGUAGUGGUAUGGCUUUCAAACGAUUCGGUUAAUUCAUGUUGCUCGUAUGUUAAUUUGGUGCCAUUUUCAAGUAUUCUGUGCAAAAACCAUAUGAAAGUUGGGGCUGUGUAAGAAAGAAGCACGUCCAGGAGUACAGUGUGAGAGGAGAAAUGCUACUCUUACAGGCAAUUCACUACGGAUUAGAGCCCACAGUUUUUUACAGUAUGCGCACCACCGCAUCAUGCAGCACACGCUCUCACACAUGCUCUCCUUUUGAAGGAUUAUUUACUCUCCCGGUCUUUUUUACCGUGCAUAUAAGAAUUGUCUGAAGUCAAACUUUAGAAAGCUUGAUUAUAUUUAUAUGAAAAAACAUCAACAUCUACAAAGCUAAAUUUAUAUAAUAUGGAAACUAAUGUCAUGAUGCAUCUAAUGUUGUUGAUUUCAUAUUUGAAAUGUUGAUAUUUUUUUCUAUAAACUUGGCCAAAGUUUACAAGGUUUGACUUCAGAUAAAUAUUACAUUUUUUGUACCCGGCCUCUGCAUCUGGGAGAUGCGUACGGCCACUUUAUUGAUUAUUCAACAAAGACACAAAGUGAACUAGUAAAAAGGAGUCGGAGGGAGUAUUAUAUACUACUAACAAUAAAGACACAAAGUAGCUCCUCAUUCUUUUGUAAAUAAACAAACAGUCUACGACCUCCGCUCCUGGGUGCGAUGAACAACAAUAAUAGUAGAGUACAAGGCACUAGCGGCCAGGCGCACGAACAUGCGAUGCACUUUUCAAUGAAAAUCCCCAUCAUCCGACCUCCUCCUCCGAUGCCACCAUCCAUCGGAAGCUCACCUCCCCACUAGAGUAUCUCGCGCCCCGAUUAAUCCAUCCACACGGCCCAUACCCAUGCUACGAAUAAAUGCUACCGUCUCCUUGCCCCCCGCCCCCCGCCGUUUGCUUUCUACGACGCCUGCCACCUUUGUAAACCCCAUCCCGGACGGAGGAUGGAUUAAUUGGAGCGCCGCGCGCCGCACCGCAGAGGAUGUAGAGUAUCACGGAACGGAACGCGUGCCUGCCUGCGUGCCUGCGACUGUGGCCACAAGAGGUCAAACCUGCUGCUGUUGCCGCAUCAGUGCCGUGCCGGUUCUAAUGCCUUUCUGUCCCGCGCGCCCCCAUUAACCCAUCCUCUCUCUUCUCUUCCCUCCUUACCCCGCUCCUCUCCUUCGUUUUUACAGUGGGUGGGUUCUUCUUGCUUUGCUCCUUGCUGCUGAUCGCGCAGGCUACUGUGGUCACAUUAUAAGGCGCCGUGCAGGGGGCGCGCAGGGGGCCGCCCGCUCCGGUCCUGCCAGCGACCGCCUUGUCGGGUAACCAGCGCGUCGCCAGCCGCUUGCUCACAUGCUGGAGGUGCUGGAGAUGACGCCGCCGCCGCAGCAGCAGCCCCGGCGCCAGCCCAGAGGGGGCGGCGGCGGCGGUGGGAGGAAGCAGCCGCUGCAGAGCAGCGUCGCGCAGCCCAAGGCGGAGCCGCCGCACCCGCCGCCGCCAGAGGGAGCCAAGAGGUGCGGCGGGAAGCGGCGCGGCGGCCGCGGGCGCGCCAGGCCCGCGGAGGAGCCGCGGCCGGCGCCGGGGCCCGUGGCGGCGGUGGCGGCGGCGGCGGCCACGCGCGCCGUCAUUGGCCCGCCCGUGCCCGGCAAGGGGCUGUCCUUCUGCCGGCGGCCGGGGUUCGGGACCGUGGGCGCGCGCUGCGUCGUCAAGGCCAACCACUUCCUCGCCGAGAUUCCCGACAAGGACCUCACCCAGUACGACGUCAAGAUCACGCCGGAGGUGACCUCCCGGUGCGUGAACCGGGCCAUCAUCGCCGAGCUGGUGCGCCUCUACCGGGAGUCCGACCUCGGAAUGCGCCUCCCGGCCUACGACGGCCGCAAGAGCCUCUACACCGCGGGCGCCCUCCCGUUCGACGCGCGCGAGUUCGUCGUCCGCCUCACCGACCACGACAGCGGCACCGGCGUGCCCCCACGCGAGAGGGAGUACAGGGUCGCCAUCAAGUUCGCCGCGCGCGCCGACCUCCACCACCUCCGGCAGUUCAUCGCCGGCCGGCAGGCCGACGCGCCGCAGGAGGCCGUCCAGGUCCUCGACAUCGUCCUCCGGGAGCUCGCCAGCCAGAGGCACGUGGCGAUAGGGCGGUCGUUCUACUCGCCGGACAUAAGGAAGCCGCAGCGGCUCGGCGACGGCCUGCAGUCGUGGUGCGGCUUCUACCAGAGCCUCCGGCCGACACAGAUGGGCCUGUCGCUCAACAUCGAUAUGUCGUCCACCGCGUUCAUCGAGGCGCUGCCGGUGAUCGACUUCGUGGCCCAGAUACUAGGGAAGGAUGUCAUGUCAAGGCCAUUGUCGGAUGCAAACAGAAUUAAGAUCAAGAAAGCGUUGCGGGGCGUCAAAGUCGAGGUUACUCACCGGGAAAAUGUGAGGCGGAAGUACCGCAUUUCGGGGGUGACUGCACAGCCAACUCAUGAACUCAUUUUCCCAAUUGACGAUCAAAUGAAUAUGAAGUCUGUCGUGGAGUAUUUCAAGGAAAUGUAUGGGUUUACCAUUCAGCAAUCACAUCUUCCUUGCCUUAUGGUUGGAAACCAAAAGAAGGCAAACUAUCUACCAAUGGAGGCCUGCAAGAUUGUUGAGGGUCAGAGAUACACAAAGAGGUUGAACGAAAAGCAGAUCACAUCACUGCUAAAGGUUACAUGCCAAAGGCCUAGAGAAAAGGAAAUGGAUAUUCUACAGACAGUUCAUCAAAACGGAUAUGACCAAGAUCCUUACGCAAAGGAAUUUGGGAUCAACAUAAGUGAGAAGCUAACAUCCGUUGAAGCGCGGGUCCUUCCUGCACCUUGGCUGAAAUAUCAUGAUGCUGGAAAGGAAAAGGAGUGCCUGCCACAGGUUGGUCAAUGGAACAUGGUGAACAAGAAAGUGAUCAAUGGGGGCAAGGUAAGUCACUGGGCUUGUAUAAACUUCUCAAGGAGUGUUCAAGAAACCACUGCACGCGGAUUCUGCCAAGAGUUGGCACAAAUGUGUCAAAUUUCGGGCAUGGAAUUCAACAGUGAACCUGUGCUUCCAAUAUAUUCAGCUAGACCAGAUCAAGUAGCGAAGGCACUAAAGCAUGUGUAUAAUGUUGCACUACACAAACUCAAGGGUAAAGAACUUGAACUUCUUUUGGCCAUCCUCCCAGACAAUAAUGGAGCUUUAUAUGGUGACAUCAAGCGUAUCUGCGAAACCGAUUUGGGCUUGAUAUCGCAAUGUUGCUUAACGAAACAUGUUUUUAAGAUCAGCAAGCAAUAUUUGGCAAAUGUCUCACUAAAAAUCAAUGUUAAGAUGGGAGGAAGAAACACCGUGCUCGUGGAUGCGCUAAGUUGGAGGAUUCCGUUGGUCAGUGACAUACCAACUAUUAUAUUUGGUGCAGAUGUAACACAUCCUGAAACUGGGGAGGACUCUAGUCCAUCCAUUGCUGCAGUUGUGGCUUCUCAAGACUGGCCGGAAGUUACAAAAUAUGCUGGAUUGGUGUGUGCGCAGGCACACCGACAAGAGCUCAUUCAGGACCUUUACAAAACAUGGCAUGAUCCUCAGAGAGGCACCGUAACAGGAGGCAUGGUCAGGGAACUCUUAAUAUCAUUCAGGAAGGCCACGGGACAGAAACCAUUGAGGAUAAUUUUCUAUCGGGAUGGCGUUAGUGAAGGCCAAUUCUACCAAGUUCUCCUUUAUGAGUUGGAUGCUAUCCGUAAGGCUUGUGCGUCCCUAGAACCAAAUUACCAACCUCCUGUAACGUUUGUGGUGGUUCAAAAGCGUCACCAUACAAGACUGUUUGCAAACAAUCACAAAGACAGAAGUAGCAUGGACAAAAGUGGAAAUAUUUUACCUGGAACUGUUGUUGAUUCGAAGAUAUGCCACCCAACGGAGUUUGAUUUCUACCUCUGUAGUCACGCUGGAAUCCAGGGAACAAGUAGGCCAGCUCACUACCAUGUCCUCUGGGAUGAGAACAACUUCUCGGCAGACGAAAUGCAGACGUUGACAAACAACCUUUGCUACACUUACGCACGGUGCACGCGCUCCGUUUCCGUCGUCCCACCUGCGUAUUACGCGCAUCUGGCUGCGUUCCGGGCGCGGUUCUACAUGGAGCCGGAGCUGUCGGAGAACCACACGUCGAAGAGCUCCAGUGGGACGAAUGGUACCUCGGUGAAGCCUUUGCCCGCUGUGAAAGAGAAGGUGAAGAGGGUGAUGUUCUACUGUUGACAGAGGGACUAGUUUUAACUACUCACAGUUAUGUGCCUAACACUGUAGAAUUUAGCACUAGAGGGUUAGGUUAGCUUUCUCCCGGAAAGGAAGAGAAGAGAAGAUCAUUUCUGCAUUUUGGACCCCUGAAGAAUCUCUCGACUACCUCUGUAAAGUAUUCAGAAAGCAUGUAUAAUAGUAGUUCUUGCUUGGGUCAGAUGUCAUCCAGUUCCUGAGCAGCAAUGUUUAAACUCA